AACCAUAUAUCCCCUCGGUCUCGUCCACGCCACCCGCUCAAACCCCCAAAGAUCAGGUAGACCAGAUAGGGAGGAGAAAGAUGGCAACUACCGUCGCCGCAAAGCUCGUCGCCCCCGUCUCGCUAUCCUCCUCCGUCGUCCGGCUCGUCCCGGCCGUCGCCGCCGCCGCCCGCAUCCCCCGCCUCCAUUCCCCAGCUGUCGCCCCCCUCCGCCUUCGCGCUCGCCGUCCCGCUACCUACCCCCGCUUCUUCGCUUCAUCUGUUUCCGCCCCCGCCACCUCGGCAACCAUCUCCAUUGGCGACAAGCUCCCCGACGCCACCCUUUCCUACUUCGGCGCUGAUGGGGAACUCAAGACCGUCACCGUGUCCGAACUCACCAAGGGCAAGAAGGCCGUCCUCUUCGCGGUCCCCGGGGCCUUCACCCCGACGUGCUCCCAGAAGCAUCUCCCCGGGUUCGUGGAGAAGGCAGGUGAGUUGCGCGCCAAGGGCGUGGAUACCAUAGCUUGCAUCUCCGUCAACGACGCCUUCGUGAUGCGGGCAUGGAAGGAGGACCUCAAGAUCGGGGACGAGGUACUGCUGCUCGCCGACGGGAACGGGGAGUUCACCAAGGCCCUCGGUGUGGAGCUCGACCUGCGAGACAAGCCCGUAGGACUGGGCGUCCGGUCCCGGCGCUACGCGAUGCUGGCGGACGAUGGGGUCGUCAAAGUUCUCAACUUGGAGGAGGGUGGCGCCUUCACCUUCAGCAGCGCCGACGACAUGCUUAAGGCCCUUUAAUGCCUUUCCUAACUCAUCUUGCCGUCUCCACCAGAAAUGAGAAAUCAGAUCACGUUAAUCUGUUGUACUCGAUUGGGUCGGACUAGUACUGGAUCCAAUUGAGCUAACUGCAACACGUACGACAGGAAUGGAAUGGGUCGGGCUGAGAUGAGAUAGCGAGGACCUAAAUGGAUGGCCUCAACCGUACUCGAUCCAGUAGCGAGUUGAGAUGGGUCUGUUUAGCCCAAGUGCAGCUUUGUCGGGUCAAUGGGUUGUGUUAAGGUCAAACUCUCGGAUAUGACUGCGUACGGAAAAAGCUGCAAUGCCUCGUAUCGCGAAGAUGCGUUAGCCGAAGGAACCAUGGCUUUCUUGGGAAGGAGGCAUCAGAAACAAUGGUUGCACGCGGAGUGAGUGGUCUGAGGUAUCAGACAAGACGACUCUUCUCCAUCAGAGUUUUCCUGUAGCUGCAGGGGUAAGGUGAAAGUGUUGGCUUGAAGGAGAAUCAAUUAAGAUGGUGAAUUAUUCCUCUGGCUGUUGCAUGUCAAGUCGUAGUGAACACUUGUGCUGCUGCUGCGGCUGGGUCUCGCUGUAAGAACAUGUAUCUUUAUUUAGGCCGUGUUCAUGGAUUUCGAAGCUGAGAUA